AUACACAGUUUUGAAAAUAUCAACACUAUUCUCUUUCUUGUUGCUCCUUCAGAGUAUUAUCAGCUUCUAUUUGAUUGUGAAACAAUUAGACGUAUGGAAGACGCUCUUUACCUCUCCAACAAUAUCUGCCACCCUCACUGGUUCAUCAAGACCAGUAUUUUGUUCUUAAAUAAGAUCAAC